UGUUUAAAAAGAGAGAUAAUGUCAGCCACCCUCAACUGCCCAAACCCGAAGGCCGGCCGUGUAUUUGUGCGACUCCACUCCACCUGAAAAUCAAGAUGGAGUAACAAUAGUAGGAUGGCAAUGUUGAUAAGGGCCAGAGAAGUUUCUUCCCUCUCUCAAGGUUUCAUCUUCAACUCUCCAACCCCCCUUCUUCCCCGGAGAAACCAAAACAGCCGACUCAUCUGUAGAGCGAGCGGCCUCCGUGUCCAUGGAAAGCUGAAUCUUGCUCUCCUUAAUCCCAAAAGCAGAUGUGAUCAGGUAAGCACUGCUUGGGAAAGUGCAAUAGAGUUUGUACUGGAAGCAUUUAAAAGUACCUCAGAUACCAGAAAAGGGAGAACUUCCUCUGCAAGAAGAGUUGCCGCUGCAAUUGAGGAUACUAAUAUUGAUUUUGGGGACUUCUUCAAAGGCCCUUUACCGGGGAAAUUUCUCAAACUAUUGGGGUUUUUGGCAUUAUCAAGAUUUGGUAUAUAUGUACCACUUGGUGGGGUUAAUAGGGACGCAUUUGUUGGCAAUUUAGAUCAGAAUAGUAUAUUGAGCACUUUGGAUUCAUUUUCUGGAGGCGGGAUUGGUAGACUUGGAAUAUGCUCCCUCGGUAUUGUUCCUUUCAUCAAUGCACAGAUUGUCUUUCAGCUUCUUGGUCAAAUCAAUCCCAAGCUGCAAGAACUUCAGAAAAGAGAAGGUGAAGCUGGAAGGAAGAAAGUGCUUCAGUAUACCCGCUAUGCAUCUGUAGGGUUCGCCAUAGUACAGGCAAUUGGGCAAGCAUUGUACCUUCGGCCUUAUGUGGAUGACUUCAAUACUCAGUGGGUUCUUUCUACUGUUGCUCUAUUGACUCUUGGUUCAAUAUUUACAACAUACAUUGGAGAAAGAAUAUCCGACUUAAAACUGGGAAAUGGCACAUCUCUUUUAAUAUUCACAAAUAUCAUCUCCUACUUGCCAGCAUCCUUUGGUAGGACAGUUGCAGAGGCAUAUCAAGAUGGUAACUAUAUUGGGCUUGCUGGAAUUGUUAUUUCCUUCAUCCUUUUAGUCCUCAGCAUAGUUUAUGUACAGGAAGCAGAGAGGAAAAUUCCACUUAACUAUGCCUCAAGAUAUACUAGCAGGACUGGAGGCACGCAGAAAUCUGCGUACUUGCCCUUUAAAGUAAAUGGUUCAGGAGUUAUGCCAAUUAUCUUCUCUACAUCAUCUAUGGCUCUUCCGGGCACCCUCGCACGAUUCACUGGUGUGGAAGUGCUAAAAAAUGCAGCAGCCGCUUUAACUCCUGCUGGUUCUCUGUAUCUCCCAACAAAUGUGCUUUUGAUUGCCUUCUUCAAUUACUACUACACCUUCCUGCAACUCGACCCUGAUGACGUGAGCGAACAACUGAAGCGACAAGGUGCUUCCAUCCCACUUGUCCGCCCUGGAAAAAGCACUGCCGCCUUCAUCAGAAUGGUUUUAAGUCGAAUAUCAGUGCUUGGUUCUGUGUUUUUGGCUCUUCUGGCUGCUGGGCCUGUUGUGAUUGAGCAAGGGACACACCUUACUGCUUUUCGGGGGUUUGCAGGCACAUCUGUUCUUAUUCUUGUUGGCUGUGCAACCGACACGGCAAGGAAAGUGCAGGCUGAGAUCAUAUCCCAGAAAUACAAGAACAUUGAAUUUUAUGACGUUGACAAGAAUGUACCAUAAAUCAAUUGUAAUAACAAAUUUUGGGAUGGUCCCUGGUUGGCGAUCCAUUUUGGGAUGGUCCCUGGUUGUAACAACAAUUUCUGUGUCACAGGAUUCCAUUCUGAUUUGUUUUUUUUUGUUAGAUCAUUACUGUAACAUAUAAGAUUUGUAUAUCAUGCUAGUAUGCUACUAGUGUAGCCUGAGACUGUAUAUAUGUAAUAUGUAAUAUUGUUAUGCCCUCUAUGUAAUAUUGGUGUCAUAUUGAAAAUUGUUGUCUAUUUUUUUAAAUAUUAUUAUGCCCUGUAUAAUUUUAGAAUGAAUGUAAUUUUGUUAAAAAUAAA